CACCUGCCCCCAAUCCCCCCAUUCCUCAUGUCAGAAAUACCUUUAACUUAAACAACCAAACUGUUGCUUAACGCCAACACCACCGCUCCCUUCUCUCUCUCUCCCUCUCUCUGUUAUAUUUUCAUUUUUCACCACCAAUCUACUAAGCCCAGCCGCUUCACCUUCAGCUACUUUCCCAUGGACUGCGCCUCUGACAAUCUUGCCUCCUCUUCCUCUUCUUCUUCCGACACCAAUCCCGACACACCACGUGCCUCCUCUUCUUCGUCUUCUUCUUCUUCCUCCUUCUCUGCCGUACAUCGUGCGCUUAAUUUUAUUCAGUCUCACGACUCUGAUUUAAAGCUCGAAGGUGCCAGAGAAAUCCGCCGCCUCACCAAGACUUCUCAGCGCUGCCGCCGCCAGCUCGCCGCCGCCGUUAAGCCUCUCGUUCAAAUGCUCUGUGAUCACUCGUCUGAGUCUCAUCAUGAGUCUGCUCUUCUCGCGCUCCUUAAUCUUGCCGUUAAAGAUGAAAAGAAUAAGAUCAGUAUUGUAGAAGCUGGGGCCUUAGAACCAAUAAUUAAUUUCCUUCAGUCUCAAAAUUUGAACCUACAGGAGUCUGCUACUGCAGCUUUGCUCACUUUGUCUGCUUCUACUGUGAACAAGCCAUUUAUAAGUGCUUCUGGUGCCAUCCCUCUCCUGGUUGAAAUCCUUAGACAUGGAAGCCAACAAUCCAAGUUUGAUGCUGUAAUGGCUCUCUCAAAUCUCUCAACACACCCGGAUAAUCUCAGCAUCAUUCUUGAAACAAAUCCGAUCCCAUCUAUAGUUAAUUUGCUCAAAUUCUGUAAAAAAUCAUCAAAAACAGCUGAGAAAUGUAGUGCUCUUAUAGAAUCAUUAGUGGCAUUUGAUGAGGGUAGAAUUGCAUUGACAUCUGAAGAAGGUGGAGUGUUUGCUGUCGUUGAAGUGCUUGAAAAUGGAUCUCUUCAAGGUCGGGAGCAUGCAGUUGGGGCACUACUUAUGAUGUGUCAGAGUGACCGAUGUAAAUAUAGAGAACCAAUUCUUAGAGAAGGUGUGAUUCCUGGUCUGCUUGAGCUCACAGUUCAAGGAACGCCCAAGUCUCAGACAAAAGCACAAACCCUUUUGCGGUUAUUGAGGGAUUCUCCCCAAACAAGAUCGGACCUUCAACCUGAUACUCUGGAGAAUAUUGUUUGUAAUAUAAUCUCUCAAAUGGAUGGAGAUGAACAGUCUGGAAAAGCAAAAAAGAUGUUGGCUGAGAUGGUACAAGUUAGCAUGGAACAGAGCCUAAGACAUUUACAGCAAAGGGCUCUGGUAUGCACGCCAACUGAUAUUCCUAUUCCCAGUUGUACUUCUGAAGUUUCCUCAAAAUGAUUGUUUUGUUUACAGCUUUUCCUUUUUGUGAGGUUUGUGAGAACAAAUUUUCCUCUGUAGAAAAGAUAAAAUAAGGUACAGUGAAAAAGAGAAAAAA